GUCGUCAUAUUUUUAUUCUGCGCAACGAGGUAUACGAGUUUACCCGCGGCGCUUCUUUCAUCAGUUUUCUAUCUUUUUACGUAUUUAUUUUAUUGCGUUUGCUAUUUAUUUAUUAAUAAUAACAAUAUUUUAAAAUAUUUACAUUUCUGCAGAAGAAUAUAGGUCAUUAACAGUGUAAUCGAAUACAUGAUACAGAAUUUUAUUAAGAAUAUUAAAAUCUCGUUUUCAAAACACGGUAUAUAAGUAAGAUGAUAAAGUAAAUUAUUUAUACAAAAAAGAUAAGGAAAAAAGGUAAGGUAAAACCAAUAUUUGCAAUACGUGAAAAUUUAAAUUUUUAUUGCUAUCUUUUGGCGGCGCUGGAUAUGUUAAAAAGGUCUUCUUUGUGAAGUCGAUUGGUAGUGUCGUUCGUGAUGUGACAAGUGUAAUUUUUUUACUCUAGUAUUAUUCAGUAAGAGUAAUGAACUAGAUAUUUGUUAUUUUUAUUUAUAGACAAGGUUUUACAAUGAUUAAACUCAUUCGACCACGAUUGAUAACGUUCGAUGUUACCGGUACAUUGCUCAUGACAAGGUUAGAAGAACCUUACAUGCAAAUUGGCUCGCAGCACGGCCUGUCAGUUGAUGCACAUAAAUUGGCGCGAAGUUUCAAACAUAGCUUUCAUAAACUUAGUACAGAACAUCCUAUUUAUGGGAAACACACGGGUAUAGGAUGGGAAAAUUGGUGGCGAAAGAUAGUUCAUAAUGUUUUUAGGGAUCAACACAAUUAUGUUUCGGAUGCAACUUUAGAUAAGGUUGCUAACAGUUUGAUAAAAUGUUACGGUACAAGUAUGUGUUGGCACAAGUAUCCGGGCACGAUUGAAUUACUGGAGUAUCUUCGCAAAAAGGAUGUGAUCUUAGGGGUAAUAUCGAAUUUCGACGAGAGACUGGAAGCGAUACUCGAAGACACGAGAAUACGUUUAUAUUUUUCCUUCGUUUUAACCUCCUAUGAUUUCGGUAUGGAGAAACCGGACACCUCGAUAUUCGAUGAAGCGCUUAGAUUAACAAAACAACGACAUAGUGUGGAUAUAGCUCCCCAGGAGGCGAUACAUAUUGGCGACUCUGUCAAUAACGACUACAAUGGCGCGAAAAAUGCAAACUGGAAUGCGCUUCUUAUUAGACACGAUAACGAUACUACGAACGAUAAAGAAGUCCCUGCGGAAAAUAUAUUUAGAAAUCUUGAUGAUCUGAAACUUUACUUCUCCAUGCUUCUUGAUGCCGAUAAAAAGCGUAUAUAAUUUACUACGACGAAUUAAGACAUAGUAAUUAAACAAUAAUUACCUCAAUUAAUUUUACGAAAACAUAAGCUUAUUGAUAGCGAAAUUUUAUUACAAUGACAAAUCGUACAAAUUUUUAUUCGUAUAAUUUUAUUUGGUACUGUGAAAUUAAGCAAUGAAUAUGUUUGUAAAAAUUUAGACUGUCAAAUCAAUUGUUAUUGUACAUAUAAAAUUAAAAUUAAUUUAAAUUCAUAACAUAUUGCUUAUAUGUUAAUCAUACUUUUAUUGAAUUUAUGUUUGUUUAAAUUACACUGACUGAAUGCGUAUAAUUAUGAUUAUUUGUAACAGAUAUAAAUAUUUUUAA